GCCGCCUUGGGGCUGCGUUUCUUCCGCUCUGGGACACUGUUAAAGAAAGGUGUCCCACCAGGAAAGGCUAAACACCCCAGGACGCGAUUGGUGAGCCGGAGAGGGCAGCCUCCUCCUGCUGCUGUCGGGGCCUUGGAUGAUCCCUGCCUUCUGAGCCGUCGGGCGCAGCGCUGUCGGGUCCGUGGAGGGCAUGGGGAAGGACUCGCGGGUUUGUCAGCGGCUCUGCCUUCCGCACCCGGCUUAGUUCCGCCCGGGACGCGCGGUUUAGUUUAGCAGUCGCGGUCUCCUUGCGGGUUUGGGUCUCCGCAGGAGACCGGGGCAGGUCGAGCCCAUUGCCGUCUGGUGCUGGACACCUAGGCUCAGGGUCAGCUCUCCUGCGGGCCAGAUGCACGAGUUACCUGUCACUUGUGAACCGUGUGCGUGCCUGUGUGCCGCUCAAGCCUGCUCACCGCAAAGCCAACCUGUCACACUCCCCAGGCCUCUCCUACAGUUAACUGGUUUCCUCAAGGUCACCUUUUUGUAGUCGUGGAUCGGCUGCCCGGUGAGACCCUCUCUCCACAAACAAGCAAGCAAAUACCCUAAAACAAACACAAAAACCGAUUUUUUUUUUCUUCUGCCGCGUUUGUGGUCAGAAUUAAGCCUUUUAAAAAUUGGGGGCCGGAAGAAACCCCCUUUUCCUGGAUGUCUCAUUUUGGAUCAAAAAUCUAGCUGGUUCAGACCAAGAACAAAGUCUGUAGUCCAAACAAAAAAGGAAAAUCCUUGUUGCUUGAAGUUUGACGUUAGGGGGGUAAUUUGAUAUCAAUGAAACGAGUAACCAAGGUAAACCAGUUGUUUUGCAGAUUCUAUUGGAAUGGAUUUAGAGCCAUCAGGAUGGAAAUAAAACACAUUAGUGAAAGGCAGUUUUUAUGCCAUCACACAAUACCCGACUUCUAGCUGCAGAUGGACCAAAGAAAACCUGUGCUAACAAAGGAACAGAAGCCUGUAUUUUGGAGCCCCAUCCGUUAUAAAUAUGUUCUGUCUCAGAGGACUCUCUCUACUCUCUCGGAGAGUGGUUCAGUUCCGCCCCUUCAGUUGUAAGCCAUUAAUUAUUCAAAUGCAGAACUGUACAGAUGAAGAACAAGUAUUUGAUCUUAUCGAAAGAAGCCCGGCCAUACUUUCAGAGCCGCAAGUGGGUUGUGUGUUUAAUAUGCUCUGGCAGUUUCAGAAGCAGAAGACUAACUUGGAAAAAAACAUUGAGUUUGUUAGAAACCAUCCCCAGUUUCUUACUCUUUGCAAUGCAGCGGCGAAUCACAUCCAAGCAAUGGGUGAUGACACCCUGGUGGGUGCGCUAUACAGCAUAAAACAGUUUGGUGUUGAAUCCCAUCACCCUCUGGUUGAAGCACUGGUUACAGAAGCGUGGAAAAGGCUGGAAAGGUUUGAUACUAAUGUGCUCUCAAUAUUUUCUACUUGCCUGGCCGAUCAGCAUUUGUAUUUCAGUCCAUUAAUGGGAAAAAUAGCUGAUAUUGUAAACAGGAACUUGGAAACCAUACAGGACUUAAGGGCCUUGUCUGUCUUGAUGGUCAGCAUUUCUUCUAUAAUAUCCCACUGUUUCCAAGAAAGACUCGUGAACAAAACAGAACUGCUUUUUGAUGGUGUCGACUCUUCCAAUGUCAACAAUGCUAGACGGAUAUUACAGUUCCUCCGCAGUGUCAAGUGCAGUUAUUACCCGCUCCUGGAGCGGUGCAACCAAGUGUUUAUAGGCAGUAUGAGCAGUCUUGACUUGGAGGCCCUCUGUAGAAUCUUCAGCCUGUACCAGUACCUGCAGUUCCACAGUUUUGAGUUUAUUGAAGUGGCUCGAAGGAGGCUAGUCGAGAUGAUCCCCUGGUCAUCUGGCCACCCCGCAAGUUUUGUCAGAUUGUUUGCCGUGUUGGGACCGGUGGCAGAGCCUGAAAUAAGGAAACAGCUUAAAUCAACUAUGCUGUUGAUGUUAGAGGAGCUGACCGGCCAGCAAGUGCUGACAGUGUUGAUAGCCAUGGAGGAGAUGGAGAGCAGAAACGCACACUUGAUUAAAAAGAUUGUUUCGGUGCUGUAUAAACAUUUGGAUACCUAUAAAUCGAUAGAGCUACUGAAGAUAACACAAGCCUUGAGUUGUCUACAUUUCCAAAAUAAGGAUCUUUUUAUGAAACUUCGAGAAUUAAUUCUCAGUCAUUUGGAAGCUAGCGUCAUGCCGAGUGAGAUUUGUAUUCUGGUCUGUGCUCUAUCCAUGCUUCCUUCCUCUCGCCUCGACCAGACAGCGCUGUCCCGCCUCGAAGCCAUUUUACCCCAGUGUGACUUCAAGGAGCUGAGCGAUAUUGCAGUGUCUCUUCUGAGGUGGAUCCAGAAUGAUCACACAUGCUUGGCCGGCCCUGCUAGACAGCAACUGAAUCUCCUUCGGAAAUUAGAUCACCGGGGCCAUCAUCGAUUACAGCAAAGCACCAGCUUGGAUCUCCUGUGGGAGGAUCUUAAAGCUUUGAAAGGGGAAUGGCUUCAGGAGUCCUUGGUUGAAGAAUCAGUUGCUGCUUUGGAACACUUUGUGGAUGAAAUCGAUGGCACCAACGUUACAAAGAUCGCGUCUUUUCUUUCCAAAACUAACUACCUCAGCACCGUAAUACUUGAUAGAAUAGCUUCGGUGGUCAUCCAGCAGAUUGAAAAGAUCCAUCCCUUUUCCAUCCCCGCUGCUAUUCUUCCAUUCAGUGUUUUCAACUAUGAUCCACCUCAAAGGGAUGAGUUUUUAGGAGCGUGUGUCCAGUGCCUUACUUCUUACAAAGUUUUACCUUCAAGUCUAAGUGCAAGGGUCCAGUUCCGCCUUAUGGAGUUAAAUAGAGCCGUCUGCCUGGAAUGCCCAGAGUUUCAGACCCCGUGGUUUCAUGAUCGCUUUUGUCAAGGACACUAUAACAAAGAUGUUGGUGUUGUGACUGGAGCACAACAACAGAUCUAUAAGAUGCUAGCAGAAAUCCUCGGCGGACACAGAUGUGUAAAGGCUUCGACCCUUUCGCCGUAUUACCACACAGUGGAUUUUGAAUGCAUUUUGGAUAAACGAAAAAAACCUCUUCCUUAUGAAAGCCACAGCCUACCUCCAGGGAAAUCACCGGGAAUAUACUGGGAGUCAAAUACUUCAAGAGUUGAGUCAAGGCUUCCACCAGAAUCUGAGAGGAUUGCUUUAGAAUUUUUGGAUGUAAGAGCCUUCUGUUCAAACAUUCCUCACUUAAAAGGAAAAUCUGCUAUGAAAAAACGACAUCUGGAAAUUUUGGGCUAUCGUGUUAUUCAGGUCCCUUACUUUGACUGGAACUCUAUGGCACUGUCCACACAGGAUGCGAGGAUGGACUACCUGAGACAACAUAUAUUUGGAGCAGGCAAAUCCUGAUUGAGUUUCCAUUUAAAAUGACCAUGGCAUACCACGUCUCUAUUUUCUUUACUUAAGUGGUCUGACUCAAUUAAACAAUGCUAAGUGCAAAUAUUCUGAGUUGGGAACACACCUGAUGUGCUUGAGAUCAACGAGCUCAGCUGUGGUUAGAGCAGAUCAAGCAGGAAGUGGUUGGGAGUAAAAAGUCAGAGGAGACAGUCAGCAGCAUAGGACUUCAUGGCUCCCCCCGGGGUGAGAUGAGAAGCCAGUGCAAAACUUUAAGCAAGGAAUGCUAAUAACAGACACAGUUCGUAUUUUUAAAGUAUCUUAAGUAGUCCUGGCUGGUCUUAACCUUGUGGCAGUCUUCCUGCCUCUGCUUCUUGAGUGCUGGGAUUACAGGUAUGUGCCGUCAAGUGCAGCUAAGAACUCUUUUCAUAAGUGAGUUAAUCCCAAUGCUCUGCAGGGAAAGGCAGGAAGUCUGCUGUGGGUUCGAGGCCAGCUUGUGGGACAUAGUGAGUUCCAGGCCAGCCUAGGCCACAGUGUGUCCAGACACACACUCAGGUAAAACACCCAUACACAUAAAAAUUUAAAAGGGGUCGGGGUGAGGCCAUUUGGAUUUGAUUAGACACUUUGCCUUCAGAUGAAACUCAUUUAUUAUUUUUCUUAAACAGCAUUUCCAGUCAUCUUCGUUACAAUGCACAAGAUCCCCAUCAUAGCUCACAACGUGAGGAAAGGGUUCUGUUACUCAAACAUUUCUUGAGAAUGUAGACAUAUGCAUUUCAUUGACAAUAGAAAACGAGUGUAAAUGUACCUUAAGAAUACAAAGGCUUAGUAAACAGCUCAGAUUUAGAAAGCCCACAUCUUUGAGUAAAGUUUAACAAAAGUACAUUGUUCAGCUGAACACUAAAGCUCUCAGCAAACGGUUCUAGACUCGGCGUUGGAACAAGCUCACGGUGACUCCGAGAUCUGGCUACACUGUCAACCUCAAAGACUCUACAUGAAUCAUUGUACAGGCUUAAAGAAAGACAGUAAAUUAUAGGCUUCUUGUCCCAACAAGCCACUUCUCAAACGGUUAUUGUUGUCACCUUGUUUAUAGUUUAGACAGUUUGAACAGAUUUAAGCGUGUUGCUAGGCAACUAGCUCCCGAAGCAUAACGUAUUUCCUUCAACAUCCCAGCCCAUUCUUUUUUAUCAUCUUCAUACCUGAUGGAAGAAAAAAAAAAAAAACAAAGAAACAAUAAGCAGCCUUUAAUGAAAGCAGUUUGUAAAUUUCUUUGUACUCAGUAUAAAUCUGGGGUCUCGAGGGCGGGGGGGGGGGGGACCCCACUGCCUCCUGCCAGACAAGGAGCCUCUCCUGGUAACAGUUGAAUCCCUUUCAAUGUAUGCACCUGUGAGUGAGCAUAUACCUGCACCAAUGGCCAUUGUAUUGGAAUCGGACCGCCCAGAAAAAUUCAUGGACAGAUGACCCACUGAACUAUGGUCUCCAGAUGGAACUUAUGCGCCUGUGACCUCUGGGAUAUACCUUGUUUUCCAUUAAAUGUUUACUGGAUCUGA